AUGGCGCUAUAUGGGACUUCAGACGCCUUGAUGUGCAGGGCGUUCCCGACAACACUGCGAGGGCCGGCUCGCGCGUGGUACGGCAGCCUGAAAGCCGGGACUAUCGCCUCCUUCGACCAACUCGCCCGAGACUUCGAGCUCAGCUUCCUGGCCUACGCUCGGCCAAAGCCGUCCGUGGCAUUGCUCUUAGGGCUCCGCCAAAAGGAGGACGAGCCUCUAUCCCAUUUUGUAAACCGUUAUACGACCCAAAUUCGGGGACCAGCAGACGCUCACCCUUCUCUGUUGAUGCAGGCAUUCAUGACAGGCCUGCGUCCUUCCAGGUUCUUAUGGUCUCUCCUAGAGCGACCCCCCGCCGCGGUCCCCGAGAUGCUCCAGCGCGCCAGCCAGUUCAUCGCCGCGGAGGCAUGGAUGUCCGGGAAGCAAGAGGAGCGCAAAAAAUUCAAGUCGGAGCCGCCCCGGCAGCAGCAGCCCGCCGCAUUCCGACGUAAGCUGGACAGGUCCGACCUGGGGCCUCCCCUCCCCGCCUUAAGUUCAUCCCGGACGGAAAUAUUUCUCCAUGAGAAGAGUAAGGGGCUACUUAAGAAUCCUCACCCGAUGAAGAACCCGAGAGAGCUCGCGGACCGCUCAAAAUAUUAUCGUUUCCACCGGCAGCACGGACACGACACCGAACAGUGCCGUGAACUAAAGAGACAAAUUGAAGAGCUCAUUCAAAGAGGGCAUCUCGGCCAGUACCUCCGGCUAGACGAACAGCUCUCACCACGCCCCGAAGGCCCCGUCGAGCGUCACAUCGAUGUGAUAGCCGGCGGUCAGGGGGGAGCUCCGCGUCGGGAAGAAAGGCGUACGCCCGGGCCGCCUCGGACGAAGCCCUCGGACACAGGACCGAGCCCAAGAUCACCUUCCCGACCGGAAUAUCCGAGCAAACUAAGCACGACGACGCUCUCGUAA